AUGAAGAGAGGCGUUGCAUUUUUAAGUUUAUUCAUGUGCUUAGUUGUUAUAGCAUGUUGUAUUGUUUCGAUUGUUUAUCCAUGGUAUAUCGUUUCAUUUAAAAAAAUUGGCUCAGAAGAUAGAGUCAAGUAUUUAUACUAUUGGGAUGAAAUAAGAAAUACUGAUGAAAAAUUAAAUGCUACAAAUAUUAUAAAUACAAGUAGUAAUUCUGAUUCAGAGAAAUAUGAUGAUUUGGGAUAUGAUCAUAUAAAGAACGUUUUCAUAGUUUCACUUGCAUUUUUAUGUCUAGCAACAUUAUUAGCUUUAAUUAGUGCCGUAGUGAUUUUAAUUGCAUUCUUGGCAAAGAAUAGAAUUUGCGCUAAAGUUGCCGGUGUUUUCAUGAUCAUUGUAAUGAUUUUGUUAUUAGUUUCAUUUUUCCAAUUCUUUAGAAUCAAUGGAGCAUUCCGUGAAGAUGAUCCAUUAUGUAAUGGUAAUCCAGUUGCAUCUUGGAUUAGUUCAUUGUUUGUUGGUGAUGCCGAUGAUACCUAUUGUCAUAAAUUCAUGGGUAGCAAUGAAGAUGAACUCAUCAAAUUAUCUUUUUCCCCAUAUGUUGGUUUUUGGCUAGUAAUUGGUGCUGUCUUCUUUUCAUUAUUUGUUUUUAUUCCGUUAUUCAAAACCUCAAAUCAUUAA